CUAAUUUCUGAUUUCCCCCGUUUCUGUUGGAGACGUUCUUAAUGGUCUACCAGAGAAUCGGAGAAGCCGCCGCUUACUCCUCGUCGUCCAAUAUCCCUGGAUGGAAUUACGAUGUCUUCUUGAGUAGUUUCAGUGAAGAUGAUAAGGGCAACAAAAUCAUCAUUGAUGCGCUCUACAAAGCUUUGGUCCAAAAUGGGAUUUGCACUUUCAGAGACGAUGACGACGACGACGACGAAGACAAGCGAAGAGAAAGAGAGAAACGAAUUGAAGAAUCGAGGAUCGCCAUAAUCCUUUUCUCAAUAAAAUACGUUUCUUCGAUUCGGUGUUUGGAUGAACUGGUGAAGAUAGUUGAAUGCAGAAGCAGCAAUGGUCUAACUGUUUUCCCUGUUUUCUGCGAUGUCGAUCCAUCGCAUGUGCGAAAACAGAACGGUAGUUUGGAGGAAGCGUUUGCCAGCUUCGAAGAAGAAGAGGAAAAAGACAAGGUCGAGAGGUGGAGGGCAGCUCUUACUAAAGUGGCUAAUCUUUCUGGUUGGGAUCUCCAUGUUUCCCCUGGGCAGGAGGCAGAAUUUAUCCAAAGACUUGUUGAUGAUGCUGUUUCAAUUAAACGAAGUCGAUCACCAUUGAACAUUGCUAGGUAUCUCAUUGGAAUAGAUUCCCGUGUUGCAAGGAUGAUGAAUUCAUAUAUAUAUCGUACUUCAUGUGAAGUUCGUCUCAUAGGGAUUUGUGGUAUUAGUGGAUUAGGUAAAACAACCAUUGCUAAGGCUGUAUAUAAUGGAAUUUAUCAUAGAUUUGAAGGUUGCAGUUUUCUUGAAAAUGUUAGAGAAGUUUCAAAACAACCCAAUGGUCUAAUUCAUUUACAAGAACAACUCCUUUCUGAUAUCCUUAUGAAGAAAAACUUGGAGAUAAGCAGUGUUGCUAGAGGAAUAAAUGUCAUCAAAAAGAGGCUGCAAUGCAAAAGGGUUCUUAUUGUCAUUGAUGAUGUUGAUCAUUCAGAGCAAUUAAAUGCAUUCGCUAUCGAGCGUGAUUCAUUUGGUAUGGGAAGUAAAAUCAUUGUCAUAUCAAGAGAUGAACAUUUUCUAAACGAGGCUCAAGUGUGUGAUAUUUAUCAUCCUGAGGAGUUGGACUCUCAUGAAUCUCUUCGGCUCUUUAGUUGGCAUGCAUUUAACAAUAAUUCUCCCCAAGAUGAAUACAAGGAGCUUUCAAAGGAGAUAGUUGGUAAUGUCAAAGGACUUCCCUUAGCUCUUGAGGUCAUGGGUUCUUUAAUGUUCAGCAAAAGAAGCUUAUCUGAAUGGGAGGAAACAUUAGCCAAACUAAAAAGUACUCCUGUUGAUCAAAUUCCAAAACCACUUCGAUUAAGUUUUAAUGAUUUGGAUGACACAGAGAAGAAUAUUUACCUUGAUAUUGGUUGCUUCUUUAUUGGAAUGAACAAAAGCUAUGUAUCUAAAAUACUAGAUGGAUGCAACUUGUUUGCAGUUAUCGGAAUCCGUGUUCUCAUUCAAAGAUCUCUUAUUACAAUUGACAAAGACGAUAAGCUAAGGAUGCAUGAUCUUCUUCGAGAGAUGGCCAAGAAAAUUGUUCAUGAAGAAUCUCCUGAAGAACCUGGAAGACGUACAAGAUUAUGGUCACAAGAGGAUGUUUGUAAUGUAUUGACGAAACAUGAGGGAACCGAAUCUGUCGAAGGCAUCACGUUAAACAUUUCUCAAUCUGAGGAUGUGUGUUUUAAUACUAAAGCAUUUGUAGACAUGCAUAAUCUAAGACUGCUUCAACUCAAUUAUGUACACCUAAGGGGAGCAUAUGAACAUUUGCCUAAGAAAUUAAGAUGGCUUUGUUGGCAUGGAUUCCCUUUGAAAUCUAUACCUGCCAAUUUUGACUUGGAGAAGCUUAUUGUUCUUCACAUGGAAAAUAGCAGUGUUAAAGAGGUUUGGAAGGAAAUCAAGCUGCUUAAAAGGUUGAAAAUCCUGAACCUUAGUCAUUCGAGCUACUUGACAAAAACCCCCAAUUUCUCAGGAGUCCCCAAUCUUGAGGAACUGAUCCUUGAAGAUUGUGAAAGUCUGGUUGAGGUUCACCACUCCAUUGGGUAUCUUGACAAGCUUAUUGUCUUGAAUUUGAAUAACUGCAAUAACCUUAUGAAGCUUCCAGACAGCAUUGGUAUGUUGAGAUCUCUUGAAGUAUUCAAUCUCCGUGGUUGCUCGAAUCAGUUGCAAUCUACUUCAUGGUUUUCAUUCCCUCAAUGUUAUUUCAGUUCACUUAUUAGAACAAAGCGUACUUGUACUCUGCUUCCUGCUUCUUUCUCUGGUUUAUGCUCUUUGAAAUCAGUAAAUCUCAAUUACUGUAAUCUGUCAGAAGAUAUCAUUCCCAGUGAUUUAUGGAGCUUGCCAUUGUUGAAAACCUUAAGAUUGGACGGGAACAGAUUGUGCACCCUGCCAGCCAGCAUUAGACUUCUUUCUUGUCUUCAAUCGCUUACAUUGUCAAAUUGUAAAGAUCUCAAACUAAUGACAGAGCUUCCGUCAAGCUUAAGGAUUUUGGAUCUAGGAGGUUGCUCAGCAAUGGAAAUAUUACCACCCAACAUCAGUGUUCUCUCUCGACUUAUGUUUCUUAAUUUUGAGGGAUGUAAGAGGCUACAGUCAUUUCCAAGCGGUUGCACAUCUUCUCAAGGAGUAGACCUUAAGGGCAUGAAGAGUUUAAAAAAUUUAGUUAUGAACUAUGAUCACUUCUGUAAUAGAUCUGAUGAAAUAAGUUGCCUUCCUAAACUUUGGAGCCUAUAUUUGUCAGGCUGCAAUGAGAGGUCUCAAACACUGCCAAAGCUUUCAUCAAGUUUAUUUACCUUGUUUGUAGAAGGUAACACAUCUACUUUGCUCGUCGAUAGCGGGGAGAUCCAGAGCAUGGAAAUUUCUCAUUCUAUACAAGACAGUUACAUCGAAGGGUGCCACCAUCUGGGGAACACUUUGAGGAAGAACAGCCUUUUCCAGGAUAUACAUAGGGAAUUUCAAUUGUGGGGUACUGGAAGUGAGAUUCCGGAAUGGAUGAGCCAUCAAAAUAUGGGGUCUUCAAUAUCCUUUGAGGUCUCUGACUGUUUGGGUUGCAAGAUCCAAGGGUUGGAUGUAUCUGCUGUUUUUUCAGCUGAGGAAGGCCCUGGAAACUACUCUUGUCACCCUGUGAUCUGGAAUAAAACCAAAGAUAUUCAAUGGGGGCCCAUUGUUGGACUUCCGCAAUCCACACUUCCACUUCGACCAGGUCAAGACAUAUUGUUGGUGCGCCAUAUUACAAUGCGUGAGCUUCGGGCUUUCUCGAUACAUAAAGAUGGAUUUGGCGCACACUUUGGAGUGGGGGAUCAAGUGGAGGUUUCAGUCGAAAUUGAGGGUGGCCAUGGAGGAAGUUUGCAAGUGAAGAAGUGUGGUGUCCUGCUGGUUCAGUGCCCAGAUGAGGAGAUGAACCUAUUAGAUGAUCGAUCAUUGUUGGAAUACUUGUCUGAUUCAGAAGAUGAUGAUCACGUUGUGGAUGCCGGCGAAAAAUCAGAAUCAGAAUUGAUUCAAAAGAUGAUCUCAUUUUUGGAAAACUUGCCUGAUUCAGAAAAAGAUCUCGUUGUGGAUGGCGACAAAGAAUCAGAAUCAGACUUGAUUCAAAAGAUGAUCUCGUUUUUGGAAACCUUACCUGAUUCAGAAGAACAUCUCGUUGUGGAUGGCGAAGAAUCAGAAGUGGCCCCAAAUCACAAUGCAUGA